CGGAGCGAUUUGGAAGCUUCACUGUUAGCUAGUUUGCCUUUCUACUAUAAAUUACAAUAUGGCAAAUACGACGGGAUACUGGACGUUUUAAUCCUAAUAGCAAGAGUUAUUACCUAACUUGAGGUGUGUAUGUGUUAGCUUUUGAUCACGAUGAAGUAAGGUUGUUUGUAAACACAGGCUACCUGAAGAAUAUUGAAGAUAAGAGGAGGAGAAAACUGCCAAUGGUCAUCAUCACAACAAACUCAUUUUGAUAGAGAGGAGAUCGAUAUGGCGCUGAGAGAGCUAAAAGUGUGUCUCCUGGGGGAUACUGGUGUUGGAAAGUCGAGUAUUGUUUGGAGAUUUGUGGAGGACAGCUUUGAUCCAAACAUCAACCCAACAAUUGGGGCAUCCUUCAUGACCAAGACGGUGCAAUACCAAAAUGAACUACACAAGUUCCUGAUCUGGGACACAGCAGGACAAGAGCGGUUUCGUGCUCUGGCACCGAUGUACUACAGAGGUUCAGCAGCAGCCAUCAUUGUUUAUGACAUCACAAAAGAGGACUCCUUCCAAACACUGAAGAACUGGGUGAAGGAGCUUCGCCAGCACGGUCCUCCUAACAUAGUGGUUGCCAUCACUGGCAACAAAUGUGACCUGUCAGAUGCCAGGGAAGUGCCAGAGAAGGAUGCCAAGGACUAUGCUGACUCCAUCCAUGCCAUCUUUGUAGAAACCAGCGCCAAGAAUGCCAUUAACAUCAAUGAGGUGUUUAUAGAGAUAAGUAAGCGCAUCCCCAUUGCAGACGCAGCAGGAGGAACUUCAGGAAAAGGUUUCAAACUGGGACGUCAGGCCUCAGAGUCUCGCAGGACGUGCUGCUGAUGAUCCCGGUGACUGUCCCCACAUGACCUGUGACCUGAACUCUGCUUACACUCCCUGUCCUCCGCCUGCUUCAGCUUACAGCCCCACACGCCCUCAGACACCCGGCUCUCGCUUACACCCGGGUGCAGCACUGGCACUCUGAAGAUAGUAGCAAAUGCAUAUUUACAGCACUUAGCAACAGCAAAUCAUCAUGUAUCAUCUGACAAUUUCUGGCAGGAGAAAUACUUCUUCUUCACUGAGCAUUGACAAAAAUGCUAGUAUAAAUACAUUUGUGUGUCAGUGAAAGACCCCCAUACAUGCAAUUUUUCUGGCUUCUAUAAUGGACACCAGUCUUUGUCAGAUGUUUUAUAGCCCUAGGUUGAUCAGAGAAAUCUUUAGCGACAGAUUCAUUCAGAAAUCAUUUGUACUUGUAAAUUUGUACAAAUCUAUCAUCUUUCAACCAAAAUUGGAUUGAAAAUGGUUA